AUGUGUGUGGUGGUGGUGGUGGUGGUAAUUUCAACCCUCCGUAGUCAGUAUAGAUAUGCAAGUAUGAAGAUCAGCUUGUUGAUUUUGAUUGGUGUGGCUAGUUUUGGGUCUGUGUAUAAAGGAGUCCUUGAUUUUGAUGGAGCUCAGCUUGUUGCCAUCAAGGUGUUUAUUAACAUGUUACAUCAUGGAGCAUCUAAGAGUUUCUUGGCGAAAUGUGAGGCGUCAAGAAAUAUCAGGCAUCGAAAUCUCGUCAAGAUUAUAACUGCAUGUUCAACUGUUGAUUAUCAAGGUAAUGAUUUCAAGGCUCUCGUGUAUGAGUUAAUGGACAAUGGGAGCUUAGAAAAGUGGUUGCAUUCGACUAUUGAAACGAAAGAGGAAACAGAUGCACCCCAGAAUUUAAAUCUUCUUCAGAGGCUAGACAUCACCAUUGACAUUGCUUGUGCACUUGAUUUUCUUCAUAACGAUUGCGAAACACCAAUAGUCCAUUGUGAUCUCAAGCCAAGCAAUGUUCUCUUGGACGCAGAGUUGACUGGACAUGUUUCUGACUUUGGACUUGCAAGAUUCCUUGCAAAAUUAGCCGAUAAGGCUUCAGCAAAUCAAGCAAGUUCCAUUGGCAUAAAGGGAUCGGUUGGCUAUGUUGCUCCAGUUCCAUGCCCUCAUUUCCACGCACAUAAUCAUAUGGGAAGUGAAGUGUCGAAAAGUGGAGAUGUCUACAGCUUUGGCAUUCUUUUGUUAGAGAUGUUUACGGGAAGGAGACCCACUGACCACUUGUUUAGUGAUGGCUUGAACCUUCAUAAUUUUGUGAAGACUGCUUUUCCCGAUCGUGUCACAGAGAUUGAUAUUUAA